CGGUGUUUUGAGAAUUCUACGCCCUCCGGUGCUGUGCGGUGCUUUCCAUGCUUCAGAGACGACUAACGUAGCGUGCAGGGAUACCAUGACUCUGACCAGGGGAUCCUUCACCUAUGCCAGUGGGGAGGAGUACCAGGGCGAGUGGAAAGAAGGUCGGAGGCACGGCGUUGGUCAGCUCAAGUUUCAGGAUGGAACCUGCUACACCGGCCAGUUUGAGAACGGACUCUUCCACGGCUCCGGCGUGCUGCUCUUCACGGAUGGAUCCAGGUACGAAGGAGAAUUCGCUCACGGAAAGUUUCAAGGGGCAGGAGUCUUUAGUCGAUACGAUGGCAUGAAGUUUGAAGGAGAAUUCAAAGACGGACGUGUCGAGGGACGUGGGCUAUUGACUUUCCCGGAUGGAGCUCAUGGAGUCCCACGAAACGAGGGCUUGUUUCAGAACCACAAGCUGCAGAAGAGAGAGAAGUGUCCAGGAGUGGUGCAGCGUGCCCAGGCCUCAGCCUCCAGUGCUCGCAGUCUGGCACUUUGACCGCCGUGGACCGCGACAGAGACACCGGGGUCAGGGCUACAGAACCUUCCAGGGGAGCCUCAGGGAUGUGUACUAGUAUACUCCCCUCCAGCUCUUCUCUCUGUGUCUUUCUCUCUUUUUUUCACCAUCACUUUAAUUUUCUGCAUCUUCCUCGCUUCCCCCUCACAGCAGCUCGGGAAGCACAUGCAAUCAGACCAAACAAUGGCUUCCUGUAUGACUGACUUGAAAUGCAUAACACCAUGAAGCACACGUUUGAGUCUAAAGUGUCUUAGUGUUUCACGACAGUUAGCUUUCAUAGUUCAGAUGACUGAAUAUGGAAUACCUUUUAUUAUCAUGUUAUUACACACCUGAUAUUUAAAGAGUUUUCUAUUGGAUUAAGGUGUGAACUGUAGAUAACGUCAGACAACGUAAAGAUUUGACCACUAGGUCCCCAUUUUGUUUUUUUAUAUAAUGUUUUCACACUCUUGGACGUUUGAACAAAGAUGCAUUGCAAUUCAUCCACAAAGGUUGCAAACAUGGACUAUUGACUGUAUAUAAAGGUGGACGACAUGACAGAUCUCAAAAGUGAAGCCUGAUGUAUGUUCAAGUGUUUCAGUGCGGGACAUUCUGUCUUCAUUUUUUCUACUUUGGCAGGAAGUAGACACACAAGUCGUCCAUCUUUGUGUACAGUCAUUGUUGUGGAUAUGAACAACGCAGGAUUCAAAAUAUUCAACAAAAUUGGCUAUACCAAUAUUUGAAUUGUAAGUAAAAUGAUUCCAAAUGAUUUUUUUCCAACCUCAAAGAUACACAGUGAAUGUAAAUGUCACUUUUGUCUGUUUACAAAUAGACCUGACGGGGCACCUUUAAAAUCUCCAUCCAUAGUGCUGCUGCAAAAUCUAUCAUUCAAGAAAUGCAUUUAAUCACUGGUGUUCUCUUUUUUUAGAAGAUCAGUAAUCACAUUUGCCUUAAAAAAAGGUUUUGGUCUAGUGGAAUAGUUCAAGGCCGUCCGUCUGAAAAUCAGAUGAGGCCCAUCACCCUCACCUUCCCCUCUCCUCUGCAUCAUUUCCCCUACAGUGUCUGUCAGCCUGAUGCUUUUGAGGUCUGCCUGAAGACUGUCACUAAGCUGGUGCUGACUUCCAUCUCCCAUCAAGUCCUGCUUCUGCCCUCCAUCCGAUAAACCUCCCACUCCCAGUGGAAAUCUUUGGAGAGGAUAUUUAACUCAUUUGGAUAAUUCCCCCCUGUUUUCCCCUGUGUAACCUCAACACCUGGACGACUGGAAAUCCUCAAAGUUGAUAAAUAAUCAUUAUUAAAUGCAUUAAACUCGGGGCUUAACUGAGGCAGCUGAAUGAUCAAGACUUUAUACAGCAGACAUAUUUAAGGGUAUGUGAUUCAAAUGUAUGUGAUUUUUCUGUAAAAUGUAUAGAUAUUUAUUGAUUGUUUGUUUUGACCUUUCAAUGGAAUGAUGAGCUCAUUCUUUGAUCGUUCUUGUAGAGAAUGGUGUUGCCGAGUUAUUUAAGACUAAGUGUGGUUGAGUAUUUUGAAAUAUUGAGAAUUUGUGAACCAUUAUAUCCAAUCAAAGGUAUUCUAUGACUGCAGUUUAAUUCAGUGUACUUGAAUCGUUGUAGGCCUUACAAAGCAUUUGUAGAUGUGGUUUGUCUAGGGUUGCUUACAUAGCACUUCCACCAAAGACAAUCAAGUGAUAUUAAAGGUAGGGAAGCCUGGAAUAUGUGUUAUUUCUUACAGCCGAACAACAGAGACAAAUCGAUGGGGACAAAUCCCCCUGGGGGCUGCAGCGCGCAAGGGGAACAAAAGGAGAAAAGAUUAAACAGAUAUUUGGAUUGUGUUGUAAAUAUUCCUUAAGUCUCCAUUCUGGAUUGUUUUGUUGCGGUUACUUAUUUUCUUUGCUAUAUUUUACAAGGGGGAACAAAAUAUAUCAAUACUCUAUUAUGAGCCCAUAUGGUUGCUUGCUUCAGUUUAUUCUGAAAGGUAGCUGAAAAGCAGAGCAGUGCAAGCAUUAGUGCCGCUAUCUACAAACACACAAUAUUGUCAUGUUUGUUGAAUGUGCAAAGUGUGUAUUAUGCUGCAUUUCAAUCACGUAGAAGCAAUUGGACUUUCCUCUGUGUUGGAAGCGAAGCCUGCUCGAGCCGUCUUUGCCUACACACUCCUGAGUGGAGCUGAACACAAUGGAAUACCACAUCCAUUUUCCUACUACAAACAAAUGGUGCUUUAAAAGCCUGUGCCUGUCCAGACUUUCACCUGCCUGGAAAAAUAUCAUUGCCAUGGUUACCUUUUUCUUUUUCCAGUAACAGUAUAAUGUUGCUUUGAGAGCUCUCGGAGAAAAAUACUGCACGGUAUCCUGUCAUUUUCUACCGGAAUAGGUCGUGUGUAUCAACAAGGUAGUAAACGCUUGACGUGUGAAAUAAAGCCUCG